GGUGGCGGGGACAAAGCGGGGCCGGGGGCCGCUCGGGGCCGUCCCGCUCCCCCCGGUGCGCUCCGGGCGCGGCUCCCGGUGCUCGGCCCCGGCGCCGCCGGCGGGUUUUAUGCGUGCGGAGCCCGGCGGGGGUGGGAGGAGCCGGGCAGGUUGUGCCCGCCGGGCCCUCCUCCCUCGCUCCCUCCCCGCCCGGCGGAGAGGGGUCGGGGGAGGGGGCAGCAUGGCCUGUCCGUCCGGCCCCUUUUCCAGCGCUCAUCUGCCCCGGGAGUGCGGCGCCGCUCCUCGCAGGGAGAAGAGGUCCGAAUGGAGACAGACGGCAGCCAGCCCGGCCUCGCCUCCCCGGACUCCCCGCACGACCCCUGCAAAAUGUUCAUCGGGGGCCUGAGCUGGCAGACCACGCAAGAGGGUUUGCGGGAGUACUUCAGCCAGUUCGGCGAGGUGAAGGAGUGCCUGGUGAUGCGGGACCCGCUGACAAAGAGAUCCAGGGGCUUCGGGUUCGUCACGUUCAUGGACCAGGCUGGCGUCGACAAGGUUCUGGCCCAAUCCAGACAUGAACUGGACUCCAAGACGAUUGACCCGAAGGUAGCGUUCCCCCGCCGAGCACAGCCCAAGAUGGUGACCCGAACGAAGAAGAUAUUUGUGGGUGGUCUGUCAGUGAACACUACAGUGGAGGAUGUGAAGCAGUACUUCGAGCAGUUUGGGAAGGUGGACGACGCGAUGCUGAUGUUUGACAAGACAACCAACCGACACCGAGGGUUUGGUUUUGUCACAUUUGAAAGUGAAGACAUUGUGGAAAAAGUAUGUGAAAUCCACUUCCAUGAGAUCAACAACAAAAUGGUGGAGUGCAAAAAAGCCCAGCCGAAGGAGGUGAUGUCCCCGACGGGCUCAGCGCGAGGGCGGUCCCGAGUCAUGCCUUACGGGAUGGAUGCCUUCAUGCUCGGGAUCGGCAUGCUGGGUUACCCAGGCUUCCAAGCUGCCACCUACGCGAGUCGAAGUUACACUGGCAUCGCACCCGGCUACACUUACCAGUUCCCUGAGUUCCGUGUAGAGCGGACCCCUCUCCCGAGUGCCCCCGUCCUCCCUGAGCUCACAGCAAUCCCCCUCACUGCGUAUGGACCAAUGGCGGCAGCAGCGGCUGCGGCAGCCGUGGUGCGAGGGACAGGUAACUGCCACCUUCCCCCCGGGGCGGGGGGUGGGACGGGCCUGCGUUUUUGGGAUCUUCACUCUGUGGUUUUGCCGCCUCCCCCCAGGUUCCACCCCCAGUCGCACCGGCGGAUUUCUGGGCACCACCAGCCCCGGGCCGAUGGCAGAGCUUUACGGAGCCGCCAACCAGGACUCGGGGGUCAGCAGUUACAUCAGCGCUGCCAGCCCGGCCCCGAGCACCGGCUUCGGCCACAGCCUAGGGGGGGUUUUAACUCUUUCCUCGCAGGGUCCCUUGAUUGCAACAGCUUUUACCAAUGGGUAUCACUGAAGCUGGGGACCAAGGAGGCAGGAGAUUCCCCAGUGACCUAACCGAGGACAGCGGCUGGAGGAUCUGGUGAGCCUCGGGGGAUGAGCCACGGUUACCUUUUUCUCGAGUCAAACUGCACACUGCCGGCCGGCUGCCAGGCUCCUGCCGCCCUGCCCUGAUCUCUCCCUUUGACCAGACCACACUGGACUGAACCCGAGGAGAUCAUCUCGCUUUCUUACUAACCACCGACGGUUUACGCUUCCCCCUUCCCUGCCCCCAGCCCACCGGUUCUUCUUUUAUUUAUUUUAUUAGCUGUUAGUUUUAUUUUUUUAUUUUAUUUUUUUAUCUUUUUUGGGGCUCCCCCUUCUUUUUGUUGUUUGCUCUUUCCUGAGCUAGUAGACAUAUUUUAUGAAUUGGCUUUGUGAUUGUGUUAGGUAGUUUUUAUUGAGGAGUAUUUUUAUUUGGCUUUGAAACUGUUUUGAAUAUUUUCAACUCUGUUGUUGUUGUCGUCAGUGUUUUUAAAGCACGGUAUGUAACAAGAAUGCAGUUCUGAAGGAAAGGAAGAGACACAGAGAGAGCAAAGGCUGAGAGGAACUGAUGUAUUUCUAUUUUUUUUAAAGAAACUGUUUUUAAUUGUUUCUGUUUUGUAAAUGUGAGGCUUUGAAAAGUGUGAAACUCCAAGGAUCCGAAAACGUUGGGCAUCGCUAUGGAACAAAACAAAUGUAUAUUUUGCUAAGUGAAAAACACUAUCUUACAGCUGAAAGAUUUUUUUUUGUUUUCCUAGGUUUAGUUUUACGUGGGAUUUUCUUUUUCCUCCUGUAUAAUAUGUAAAUAUCGCGAGCUGAACCUGGCUGCCACGUGCAGCCUGGCUCCGAGGAGCAGCUCCAGGUCCUGGACUUGGUGCCGCAGUGUGAGCAAUACUCUCCAGCAGAAUCCUGACAGGACUCCGUUCUUUUUUUGUACACCUUUUACUGUAAGAUUUUAAGACCUCUGAUGAGAUGAAAGGGGGGGUGGGGUGGGGGUGGGGGUGAAACGUACCGGCCAUCGGCUGUUUUGCUGAGCGGGUUAAAGCUGCUUCCAAUCGCUCGAUGUACAGACUCCAUCACUGGGCUCCGCAGUGCCAGCGUCUGGUUUGGCUUUAGGUAAAGGGCUUUGCCGCCACCGUUUGUCUUGGUUACUUUGAAAGGAAUCCACUCUCCAAACACUUAUCGCUUGCGUCAAGAUUUCCUGGGAAAGGGAUCCUCCUCCGGAGGCGAGGGUAUCGGAAAGGGGAGGCAGCCAGGGCCGGGGGGAGAUGGGGGUGGUCGUUCUCUGAAGGGCAGGGCGCUGGGUUGGGGAGGCGUUAACGGGGAGAAAAGCAUUAGGGUGGUGAUUUGGGGGCGGGUUAAGGGCUUCUCAGGGAUUACAUGAAUUAUAGAAUCGCAGCUUCCCAUUUGCUUUACUCUGUGUUCUGAAGACUGUGGGAAUUUGUCCGUUGUCCCGUGCCGAGGUGGUCUGGUCCCUUCUCCAGAACCUGCCGGGGCUUCCCCUGGCACCAGGCCCCCGCUGAGGAGCACUGUGCCAGGGGAAGCCUCCCGCAGGAGCAUACGGGGCAGGUUUGGGUUUGGAUUUCAGUGAACCAAAGACCUUGUUAAGGGGGGUGAUUAAGCCUUUUAUUAAGAUGCAGCCAAACUCUUUUCCCAGGGAAAUAACAGCUUCAUCUUAAGUUUUAAAAAUCAUUCCCUCUCUUCCCCCAAACUGAGCCCUUGUAAGGGAGAGGGGCUUGUAGGAAAGGACCGGGAGGGCCGCCGUGCCCUCGGGGCUCUUCUCUUCCAUCCCUCCCCUCCCCGUGUGCCGGAGCUUGUCCUGACCUGGGCGAUAUGUUUGGAGAGUUCUGUUUAGGUAAGAGGGUACUUAACAGAUCAGUACUGAAAACACAAAGCAAUAAUUUUUGUUACUGAGACAAGAGUCUGUAUGUCUGUUUUUUUAAAUAUUUCCUAAGUAAAGAAGAGCUGCAUUUUAUUGGGUUUAUUUUUAUUCUAUAUACUUCAAAUUUGGGUCUGCGGACAGCGCUUUCCUCCCUCUUGGUAUACGCGCUGAACUGCUUCCGUGCCCCCUCCGACAUCCCAGGCCAGCUGUGCUGCUGCUGGGCUGCGAUUCGCUCUCUGGCCAGUGCUGCCACUGCCUGGAGGCUGGGGCUCCGGUUUCAGGGUGGGCAUUUUUUAAAAAAAAUAAUAAUGCUGUGUUUUUAAGCCAGUAAGUUAUUACACUCCAAUGUUUGUUCUCUCCACACCUGUAACCCUUUUUCCAGAUUUCAGUUUUAAAUUCCUAAUAAAUUAUUUGAAAACUGUC